AUGAGUGCAUCCAUCGGUGAGGAACCGCUGAUUUUUAAGAUCGGGUUUUCCCACAACCCCUUGUGGAGAUGGACCAACGAUGUUUAUGGCUACCAACAUGCCAGAGAAAAGUGGUCCAACAUGGACAUCCUGUUUUACUGCAAAGAACCCUAUAGCCCCGCUAUGCUCGCCUCUUGUGCCGGAGUGAUCCGAACGGCCCGGGACGUCGUAGCUGAUGUGGGUGAAGAGGCAGCAAAGAAAUCAGAAGGGUUGGUGGAACUUUCUAGAAAGAGGCCAAGCAAUGGCGAGCGGGACUGCCAUAGGUUAAUGGCCAAGCGGUACCGUCUUUCGCUGCCAGUGUCCAAAAGCAUUUUGGACGUCAAAGAUCCUGCCUUGCAGCUGCCCAUCAUAAGUUUCAGAGAAUGGAUGACUUUUUUGUUGCAACAGAACUGCUUGCACAUUUUGUGCGGGCUUGUUAAGGCUGAUGCCCGGCGACAGUUUGCAAUCUUGGAGGCCUUUUGGGAAAGAUUUCGAUGUCAACACCCGGAUCAUCCAAUCUAUGCCCGUGCCGCUCGUGGAGAAGUGACCUUGGGAAAGGUUGUCCCGCUAUAUCUUCAUGGAGAUGAAGGCCGCUCAAAGCGGCGGACAGCUUUCCUGAUUUUGAAUCUGCACAGCCCUUUGGGGCGUGGAAUUCUGCCAGGCCUGCAAAAGCCGCUGCAUGAUCGGCGAGCCUACAUCAAAAUGCUCCCAAAUUUUGUGGGACACUCCUACUGCAACCGCUUCCUGGUAUCCGCGCUUCCAAAAUCUGCAUACUCUGGGAAGAAUGCCUAUGUGAUGGAUGUGCUGUUGAAGGCAGUGGCGGAGGAGCUCGACUUCAUGGCCAACACCGGGGUCCAACAUGGCGGAGAGCAAUACCACGCUGUUUGCUUGGGAGUCGUGGGUGAUUGGCCAUGGCUUUGCAAAAGCGGCAACCUUGGCCGCAGCUUCAUGAAUGUCCAAAAACAUCGGACGGCAAAUGGAGAUGCUGGAGGUGCUGGUGAUGGUGGCGGGCGGCAAGGGCGGGAAUGCGGUGGCAUAUGCCACCUUUGCUGCGCUGGACAGCCGCCCUUUCCAUUCGAACAGAUUGGGUCACGCCAGCCAACAUGGCUAGGGUCUGUUUUCUCACAAUGCCCCUUCUUGACCCGCAGCCCUUUCGAGAUUUUGGACCAUUGCCCAGGCAAGCUUGCAGCAUUUUGGCACUUUGACUUUUUCCACACGUGGCAUCUGGGAGUUGCAAAACACUACUUGAGUUCCAUCCUGGCCGUGCUCAGUUCUUGGGAAAACGAUGCCACAGUUGAUGCCAGAUUUGAAUCUUUGAGCACGCAGUACCUUUCGUUUUGCAAACAGACAGGACGACAAGCGCAUUGCCAACGGAUAACGAAAGAAUUGCUGAAUUGGGUCUCAACGACGCAAUUUCCAUCGGGAAGCUGGCAUAAGGGGGAUUUGUCAACAUCCCUCAUGGCGUGGAUUGAAGCAAAGUUUGUUUCGGAGCAGUGGCAAGAUGAAACACUGCGCAUAGCUGGAGAAGCUGCUCAAUCCAUCAAUGAAUGCAUCCGUAUGAUGUAUUCUGGUCCGGCCUGGCUUUCGCCCACUGAUGCCCGUCAGAUCGGCGAACUUGGACUCCGCUUUCUUCGGAGGUACAGCAAACUUGCAAUCAUGGCCAAUCGGCAGGGGAAAAGGUUUUGGCUGGUAAUGCCAAAGGCACACAGCUUACACCACAUUGUCUUGAGCUUGGUGCAGGACUCUCAGAGAGGGUUCUGCUUGAACCCACUUUGCACAAGCGUGCAACAAGAUGAAGAUUUCAUAGGACGUGGCAGCAGAUUAAGCCGCCACGUCAGUUCUGUACAAUGUGCGCAGCGAGUGGUAGACAGAUAUCUUCAAAGUGCAUAUUCCAAGUUCAUGGAAAGCGGAUACCUGGUUGCUGCUAGCAGCUAA